AUGUUUGGAGUAUUUAAGCCUAAUCUUCCAGCAUUUUCGGGUCUAUUGUGGAAAAUUCCAUGGAGACUUUCAAAAACAAGAAAAUUAAGACAUAGAAGAAGAUUACGUAAAGUAGACUUAGUUUUAUCCACUCUUCAUACAUCUCUUAGUAAGGCAGGCUUAUCAUGUCAUGCAUUAGAGCGACAAAUUCGUGAAAUUACUCCAGAAUCAAAAAUGCUACCUAAAAAUAAAUAUACGGUGUUUAAUAAAAAAUCGAAAAAUUUUAGAAAAAGUAUUCAUUUUGUGCCAAAAUUUACAAGAGUAACUGUUAUGAAUAGAAUGUUCCCUCCAGGAUAUUAA